CAUUUCCAGUACCGGAUGAUGUCUUCUCCACUUUUCCUGGGCUUUGACUUGUCCACUCAGCAGCUAAAGGCAAUUGUGAUCGCAGAGGAUGCUUCCAUCGUGCACGAGAGCGCCGUGCAUUUCGAUCGAGACCUUUCCACUCAUGGCACAACGAAUGGUACAGUCAAUGGCCCAGAUGAAGGUGAGGUUACGAGCCCGGUGCUCAUGUGGCUCGAAGCUAUCGACCUCGUCGUGCAGCGCGUUAAAAACACUGGCGUUGACCUCAGUGCUAUUGCCAGUAUAUCUGGUGCUGGACAACAACAUGGUUCGGUAUACUGGUCUGAGGGGGCCGAGAAAGCCCUUGCUAUGAUGGAUCCCGAGCGCUCGCUAGCUGACCCGGGCCAUCUCGCACCCUAUGCAUUUGCAUUGCCCAAUGCACCCAUCUGGCAGGACUCUUCGACGACCAAGGACUGCCGUGAACUUGAGGCCGUUGUCGGUGGCCCCCAGGUACUUGCAGAUCUUACAGGAAGCAGAGCUUAUGAGCGGUUCACAGGACCCCAGAUUGCCCGAAUCCGUCGCCUCAAACCCGCCGCUUACCGUGACUCUGCGCGCAUAUCUCUUGUCUCGUCAUUCAUCCCUUCACUGUUCCUUGGGCAUAUCGCUCCGAUCGAGGCCUCCGACGCGAGCGGGAUGAACCUGAUGAAUGUACUCACAUGUAAAUGGGACCAUGCACUCCUUGAGGCAUGCGGCGGUCCCGAAUUACGUGCUAAAAUUGGCCCUGAGCCUGUGGUCGGCGGUACCAUUCUUGGACGCAUCUCUCGGUGGUGGGUUGAGCGCUGGGGAUUCAACCCAGAUUGCAUAAUUGCACCGUUCACGGGUGAUAACCCUGCGACCGUCGUUGCCCUUUCGGCACCUGGUGACGCAAUCCUGUCCCUGGGCACGAGCACAACACUUCUGUUGAGCAUUCCCCCUGCCGACUCGCCUCCUGCCCGUUUCACUACUUCGCACCUCCUCUCGCACCCUACAACUCUUGGUGCACAGAUUGCGAUGCUUUGCUACAAGAACGGUGCCCUUGCACGAGAGCAAAUCCGUGACCGCUGUGCUGGCACAGACUGGGCACGGUACAACGAGCUCGUAGAGCAGUCGCCACAUGGUAAUUCUGGGUUCAUGGGAUUCUACUUUCCCCUUCCCGAGAUCAUUCCUCCAGGAGUUCAGGGCGAAUUCAUAUUUCAAUGCGAAGAUACUGAGGAACCACGACUAGUACACGGACAAAAGCCAGAUGCCUCAAAGCACGCACGUGCGAUCCUCGAGAGCCAAUUCCUCAGCAUCAAAUCACGCAUUGCUGCCAUUCUUCCGGUGCACUCGCCGCCGCUGCAGCGGCUGAUUGUUACUGGUGGUUCAUCGGCAAACCAGACGAUCCGGCAACUUGCAGCUGACGUGUUCGGGAUGCGUGUUUAUGUUGCAGAGAGCAAGGAGGCUGCGGGGACGGGAGGCGCAAUGCUUGCCAAGUUUGCGUGGUGGAAGGCGCAAGUUGGGGACACGAGUGGGAGCUUUGAGGAGAUGAUAAUGGAAACGGGUCAGGUGGAGAGGAUGGAGCUGGUUGCAACUCCGAAAGGCGAGGUGACCAAGGUGUAUGAUGGCCUCGUGGAUAACUAUAGGCGUUGCGAGGAGCAGGUGGUACACCUAUGUGGGCAAGCGUGAUGGAAACUUCUUGUAUCUGAAGCGGAUAGAUUGCAAUUUACAUCUACACAUGUACAGACCAUCAUUAGACCAUACUGUAUCUUCAUCUUGUUAUGUAAAUAUGUUAAUCUUUAUGAGAAUG